AUGGUGGCUGAGAUGGAUGAUCGAGUUCAUCGUUUCAUGGCUGGCCUAGGGCCACAUUUGAUUGAUGAGUGUACGACAACUGCGUUACAGCCGGGUAUGGAUAUUUCCCAUAUACUGGCAUAUGCAUGGAAUCUGGAAGAUCACAAGCAUCAGCGGAGGACAGAGCAUGAGUGUGAUCGGGGCCAUAGUAAGUGGGAUAAAUCUUUAGAUAUGGGUGGUGAGUUUAGGGGAGGACAGAGACAACAGCAUUCCCGACAGGAGUCAGGCCAGGUGAGACCACCUUUGCCACGGUGUGCCCAGUGCGGCAAGCUGCACGUCGGACAGUGUCGAUUGGGAUCAGAUGCUUGUUAUGCUUGUGGCCAGCCAGGCCAUGUGAUGAGGGAGUGUUCAUUGAAGGGUGGUGCAGGAAUCGUUCAGCCUACAGGGUCUGUAGCUGGUUUUUCUUCAUCUGUGCGCCUUCCAGGACACAAUUCUCUGGCACCAACCGGACUUGGUAGAGGAAGGGGUUGA